AUGUCUGACAGUAGCAAUAAUAAGAUUCCUAACUAUGUACAUCAGGCUGUUAUUAUGAGCGAAACUAUUAAAAAAGAGUUGAGACAUCAAAAAAUAUUCACAGAAUACAGUAUCAAUCCUUUUAAGAAAACUGAUAAACCAAAUAGAAUACAAGAAGCUGAUGCUGAAGACAAACACUUUGCGAACGUUAUACAACGCGCUUCUUUGGAACCACCCAAAAAAUAUAUCGAACCUCAAACAGAAAAUCAGGAAUAUGGUUGGAUAAGUCAGCCACUAAUGGAAAUAGACAGGAGUGAUCCAAGGUUUUAUCAUCCUAAAGUUGCUUGUGAAAUGACGAAAUUUAUGGAUGCGUAUUGGAAACUAAAUGAACAGCGUAAAUUAAAUUCAUGA